AGUGACUGAAGAACCAUUACCUCUCAAAUCUAAUCAGAUUCCCUUAAGUGGAUAACAAGCGUGUCUCCGGCAUUUACAGUAGUGAGAAAGCUGAAGUGAAACCAGGACAAACCUCUGUCACACAAAGCAGAUGUGGCAUCCCUGCUGCAGCUAUCCAUAGUGGAACGAAAUGUUGAUUGGCUAACAACUAGCAUCUUGUUUGGCCUGGAGAAGACAGAUAAGAGCUCUCAGUCACUACUGACAAGUUGAGUAUUGUGACUGUUCUUAGUUUGGUGGAUGAGCGGUGAAUAAGGGCAUCCAGUCUAGCCGAGGAAGACAAUUUAAUGGUACAGAGCCACCUGGAGAACUCCAAGUACCACCUCCACCAGACCCAGAAUCAGCAGGUCAAGCAGUACCUGACGUUGGGCUCCAAGCUGUCCUCUUCGACCGGGCAGGGCCACGCUAUCCCGCACCCCCACGCCCAGGGCCAGUCGCUGGCCACCGUGCCCAUCAUGAGGAACGGACACAUGCCGUCCGUGAGCGACGGCAGCAACCCAAACAGCCCCGUUACCCUCCUCAAUAUGGCCAAUCAUGACAGCGAGUUUCCAAUGGAUGAAGUUAUUGAUGACCUAAUCAGUCUUGAAUCCGGUUUCAAUGACGGAGGCUUGGAUUGCAUGGAGUCUAACCUUAUGAUGCAAAACAAUGUGUCCCUCAGUGGCAGCAUGCUGGAUCUCUAUGGGGGUGAACAAGAACUUGACACAAGAGGGAUGGCCAAAGAGAGACAGAAAAAAAACAACCAUAAUCUGAUCGAAAGAAGGCGAAGAUAUAACAUCAACUACAGGAUCAAGGAGCUUGGGACGCUCAUACCAAAGUCUAAUGACCCAGACAUGCGCUGGAACAAAGGCACCAUCCUGAAGGCCUCGGUGGAGUACAUAAAGUGGCUGCAGAAGGAGCAGCAGCACGCUCGGGAGCUGGAGAGCCGUCAGAAGAAGCUGGAGCAAGCCAACAGGAGACUUCUGCUGAGGAUCCAGGAACUUGAGAUCCAAGCACGAGCACAUGGCCUCCUAAACAUGGCUUCGGCGUUGGGGACGGUGGAGCUGUCCUCUCACCUCCUGAAGCAGCAGCAGCAGCAGCAGACGUCUCCCCAGGCCCAGCAGCCCCAGCAGGCCCCCAUCUACCAGGAGGACCCUAACAGCGACUACCUCCAGAGGCUAGGGGGUCUUCCUGCCACCAUCCCCAGUGCCGCCGGGCCCCAGGACCACAUCCAGGGCGCAGACGGCUGCCCCACCUUCUCCGACCCGCUGUCCCACUUCACAGACUUCUUCAGCUCCACACUGAAGGAGGAGCACCGGCUGGACGAGAUCCUGAUGGACGACCCCCUGUCCCCCUUCGGCACCGACCCCCUCCUCUCCGCCGGAUCACCGGGAGCCGGGUCCAAAGACAGCAGCCGCCAGAGCAGCUUCAGCUCUGGGGAGGACGAAGAACUAUAGGUGCCUCUCUACAGGAACUCUCUUCACUGCUGUAAUCCCCAGUGGGAAAGGCCAUUUAAAGACAAUACUGACCUCUCACUGGGUCCUUUAAAGGCCAUGCUAUUUUUAGGCAAUAGCAUAGGUCUCAGAUAUAUAAACAAAUAUAAAAAACAUGUCUAUGAAGUGUUUUGGUCAAAACACCAAACAGAUCACCCAUUC